AUGUGCUCAGCACAAGAGCAAACACUUUCUCAGGUCAAGGACUCUCAUGACUCAACCAUGAAGGAGAAUGAAGACACCGUUUCAGGGAGGUUUGGAGCCACUAACAAAACAUGUUUGCUCUUCAUCAUCACCACCCUCAUUGCCUUGCUCGUCUUUGCUUUGGCCACCAUCAUGGUCUUAGUCAUUCAGAGGAUGACAGCUGAUCCUGCUGUGGAGGCCAUCGCAAAACCUAUCAGGACAGGAAACACCUCAGAAGACUAUUUAAGUAUCCUACGGAAAUUGCCUACCAGGAAUGCUGCUGCCUACAUGAGAGUGUCCAAACCAGUCAAGAGCUCAAAACUGAGCUUGUUUGAGAAGGGUCUUUGUGAAGAGAUCCAGUGCAAGAGUGAAGAGCUGGUGAUACAGAAACGAGGCAUCUACUUGAUCUACUGCCACUUGAACUUCCAUUUUCCCAACUCUUCCAACAGUCCCACUGACCUCAAAAUAGAGUUCCUCGUGAAUGACAAUGUCAACAGGCAAACAUUAUCCACAUGGUGCGCAUCAGAAACGUGCCAAGAAAAGACUUUUAAGACCUUGUUCCAGCUCCAUUUGACGUAUCUGAAUGUGAAGGACCGAGUAUCAGUGACACUGAAUUAUCCUAAAUUCUUGAAUGAAAUUUCUCUUCCCAAUGAAAAUGUUCUGGGGGUCUUGAGGUACAGUGAUGACAUGUGA